UCUCUCUGUUUGUAUUUUCUGAUUGUUUGAUCAUAAUCGUCAUUGUUGUCAUAUAUUCAAACGCAGGGUUCUUUGUCAAUUCAAGGAAACAAUUUUACAUCACAACAUGGCAACCAAAGUCACCGGACAAAAGACAGCCUGCGUGGUAGGUGGGACUGGGUUCGUGGCGUCGUUGAUGGUGAAGAUGUUGCUUCAGAAAGGCUAUGCUGUCAACACAACCGUGAGAGACCCAAACAAUCAGAAGAAAAUCGCUCCCCUAACUGCACUGAAAGAAUUGGGAGAAGUAAAGAUUUUUGGAGCAGAUUUAACCGAUGCGAAAAGCUUUGAUGCCCCAAUAGCAGGUUGUGAUCUUGUUUUCCAUGUCGCGACCCCCGUCAAUUUUGCUUCUGAAGAUCCUGAGAAUGAUAUGAUUAAGCCAGCAAUACAAGGUGUAGAGAAUGUCUUGACAGCUUGUGCUAAAGCCAAAACAGUUAAAAGGGUCAUCUUGACAUCCUCUGCUGCUGCUGUUACCAUCAACAAGCUAAAUGGUACAGGUUUGGUUUUUGAUGAGAAGAACUGGACUGAUACUGAGUUCUUGAGUUCUGAUAAGCCACCUACUUGGGGUUACCCUCUCUCCAAGACAUUAGCUGAGAAGGCAGCCUGGAAGUUUGCUGAAGAAAACAACAUUGAUCUCAUUACCGUAAUCCCUACUCUAAUGGCUGGUCCUUCUCUUACCACAGAUGUUCCCAGCAGUGUCGGGCUUGCCACGGCUUUAAUCUCAGGUAAUGAAUUCCUCAUAAAUGGUAUGAAAGGCAUGCAAAUGCUGUCAGGUUCAAUUUCAAUAUCGCAUGUGGAGGACGUUGUCCGCGCCCAUGUAUUUUUGGCUGAGAAGGAAUCGGCUUCUGGCAGAUACAUAUGCUGUGCUGUUAAUACCAGUGUUCCUGAGCUUGCUAAGUUCUUGAACAAAAGAUACCCUCAGUACAAAGUCCCAACAGAUUUUGGGGACUUCCCCUCCAAGACCAAGUUAGUUCUCUCUUCGGAGAAACUCGUUAGCGAAGGUUUCAGCUUCAAGUAUGGGAUAGAGGAGAUUUAUGACCAAACUGUGGAGUACUUGAAGGCUAAGGGACUGCUGAAGUAGGGGGGGUUGGUCAAACCUGCGAGAAUCAAGAAACUUGUAGCUUGGCUACAUAUGCUCUAUAAUAAAAUUGGAGAUUUUCUAAGCUUUGCUUGUUAUAUCAAGCUAAUGUGAAUAUCACGGCAUAAUUUCCAAUACCAAAUGAUGCUAAAGAAAUUUGUCAGUCUGUUCCGCUGACAGA